UGUGGAAAGUUGCAUGAUUUUUCUAGUGGGACAUUUGACUGGAUUUACUAAAAAUAAAUGUUUCAGUAUCUAGACAGGCGUUUCGGGAAGGCAGCGAGGAUAGCAGGAAGUCUCGCGUUUCUACUGCAGCUGCUUCUGUACAGCGGCGUGGUGCUGUACGCACCGGCGCUCGCCCUGGAAGCCACCACGGGCCUCUCGAGGACCGUAAGCAUAAUCGGUAUAGGACUGGUCUGCACGUUUUAUUCGGCGAUCGGCGGUAUCAAGGCAGUCCUGAUUACGGACGUAUUUCAGAGCCUACUGAUGCUACUCGCCGUUAUCUUAGUGAUCGUCACGGCGGCUGUGAACGUCGGCGGCGUGCAGCGGAUUUGGGAAAUCGCUAAUGAAGGAUCCCGAAUAGAAUUCGACAACAUUUCAGUGGACCCGACCGUACGACACACCUGGUGGAGCUUGACAUUUGGCGGUUUCUUCACCUACCUCUCCUUGUACGGCACCAACCAAGUUCAAGUUCAGAGAAUGUUAACCAUCAA